AUGCGCAUCCCUUCGUUGCGCGCUCGGGCGUCGGACCCCGCGCCGGUUGCGGUGUCGGCGAGUCAAUUCUUUGAGGGCAUUGACGGACCAUGGUCGACGUUUGAGCUGCGCGUUGGCACUCCGGCGCAAAACAUCCGCUUCCUGCCCGGUACCUCGUCGACGUUGACGACGGUUGUUCUGCCAGAGGGAUGUCAAGGGCAGUCGAAAGACUGCGCCGAGAACCGAGGCGGAGUGUUCAACAAGACGGCGUCGACAACGUGGAGCGAGAUCGGCCUGUUCAACCUUGGCUUCGAAAAGGGCUUGGGAUACAACGACAAUGGCGACUUUGGCCACGACACAGUCGGGCUUGGAUAUCUUGGUAGCGGCGGCCCUGUGGUCAACAAUUCCAUUGUCGCAGGUGUCGCGGGAUCCGAGUUUUACCUGUCUGUUCUCGGUCUGAAACCGGAGCCAACAAACUUCACGACACAAAAUGACCCGCAACCAAGCUUCAUGGAGCUGCUGAAGAAGCAGGGAAAGAUACCCAGCCUGUCGUACAGCUACACGGCAGGAGCACCGUACCGGCUCAACAAAGCCCUCGGCAGUCUCGUCUUGGGCGGAUACGACACCUCAAAGUUUGAAGACACCAACAAGACACACCACUUCUUCAGCGACCAGUCCCGCGACCUCACAGUCGGGAUACAGUCCAUCACAACUAAUGCCACAGGCGAUGAGUCCAGCCUCCUCCCCUCGGGCCUCAUCAACUCUUACAUCGACUCCUCGAUUGCCGAGUUAUACCUUCCACUCGACGCUUGCCAGGCGUUUGAGAAGGCCUUUGGUCUCGACUACAACGAGACGGCCGGCAUGUACUUUGUCGACGACAAGCUACACAGCAAGCUGACAAAGGACAACCCAUCCGUAACGCUCUCGAUCACGACAGCCGUCGAGGGCGGAGACAGCUUCAACGUGACCCUCCCGUACGCGAGCUUCGAUCUACAAGCCAAGCCGCCGCGCGUGAAGAACGAAACGCGGUACUUUCCUCUCAAGAGAGCCGACAACGAUACACAGUACACUCUUGGACGCACCUUCCUUCAAGAGGCGUACCUGGUUGUCGACUACGAGCGCAGCAGCUUUGCUGUUCACCCUCGCGUGUGGAACGCCAGCGCUGUGUCGCACGUCGUCGCCAUCUUGCCCCCGAGCGAUGAGACCUCGGCGCCAACAGCGCCAUCGGCCGACAUGGGUAAUAGUGGUCUGAGUUCGGGUGCAAUAGCCGGCGCCUCGGUGGGCGCCAUUGUGGCGUUUGUGCUCCUCAUAAUCCUUCCCUUGUGGUUCUUCUUGAUCGUGCCACGGCGGCGUCGCGCAGCUGAGAUGAAGAGCGCGAAAUCUGAGCAGGCGGCUGCGAGCUCGACUGACGGCGCCGAGGGUGCCGCGGCCGCGGCAAGCUCAGGAGAAACUCCGGAAGAUGAGAGGACCGCAGAGAUCGAGGGUGACACACCGAAGCCCGAAGUCGAGGGCGAUACACCGAGACCCGAGGUUGAAGGCGACACGCCGACGCCUGAAGUCGAAGGAAGCAAGCCGACACCCGAGGUCGAGGGCAGUACACCAACACCUGAGGUUGAAGGAAGCGAGCCAACACCAAAGGGAACAAUGAGCGAGCUGGGCGCUGGGACAAUGAGUGAGCUACCGACGCCUUACAGUCCGCAGCCCGCAGAGCUCUUUACCCCACCUCCAGAGCUCCUGGGUGUUGAGAUACACGAGAUGCCUGGCAGCGAUGUUCCGGAGUUGCCUGGGAGCGAGGUGCCGCACACAGAGAGGAAGGAAGAUGGAGUAUAA